AGAAAAAGUCCACGAGAACAGCGUCUCUCAUCACUCGCACCAUUUUGCCCGCUUAAAACACCCGACACUCACCUCCCCAAACCGAAAGGCAUUUCGAUCUUUUACUCCACCCCAUAUAUGCACCUAAUAACGUAACAACAAUACCAAAUCUGCCGCAUUGUCCCCACCUUCUUCACCUCCCCUACGUACCCUGUUUCAUUUGAUCUUCAAAACCAUCUCUCUCCCGGGAUCAAACCCCCGCGGCUUCCACAAAAACAACAUCUCGCAGGCUACUCUGAGUACUCUGGCCUCAGCAUGCCGAUAAAGAUAAAUCCUUUCGACGACGCCCGGUUGCUGCUAAAUUUGUUCCUGGUGAUCAAUAUUGCCAUUUUUACUGUCCCGGGGACGGCUGCAGGUGAUGAGAAGUGCACCUCGUGCACUCAAAUCUCCCCACCACCACCAUCUCCUCCACCGCCUUGUCCACCACCGCCACCAGCUCUUCCACCACCGCCGCCGCCUUCUCCCAAGAAGCCGCCAACCCAAUACUGCCCUCCACCGCCUGCCCCGUCAUCGUUCCUAUACAUAACUGGUCCACCUGGCAACUUGUAUCCUAUUGACGAGGAUUUCAAUGGUGCCGCCAGGGACAUGAUCACGAGGUUGCCUGUUUUGGUCGGCUGUGGAUUAAUGUUGGGUCUUCUGCCCUAUCUUUGGUGAUUUCACUGUGGUAAGAUUCAGAAUUAAUGAAGAAAAGAAUUUUAUGGAUAUAUAUAUGUUAAGGCUAAGGUUUUUUCUUUUUAAUGUUUUUUGGACAAGGUCAAGAUUUUAAAGACGGGAGAAGUUGUACUCGUUUAAAUCAGUAAUACCCAUCUUUGUUGAUGCUUUAUCUGAAUUCUUCAGAAAUUUUCAAUAACAACUUUAUUCUGAUCUGUUGCCAGUGAUGUAAGAAA